GGAGCAUUUAAAUGCACCACUUCUCUAGAAGUGAAAGUUGCAGUGAGCUCCAGAAGAUAGCGUUUAUUGGGAAGAUCUUGCAUUCUAAACGUUUUAUGAAUGCAUCAAUAUUGAGACAACUUUAGUAUUAUUAUUAUUAGCUUUUUAAUAUAAACACCAAAUUUGAACAAAAAAAUAGCGUGGGUUUACGAAGCUAACGCAUGUUAGCAUUAGCUUGAUGAUCUGUCUGAUGUCAUUGGAGCCUUCAGCAGGACAAGAUGAGGGGAAGUUUAUUUCAAGUUUCUCUGCAGAGCAACAGAGAGAGUUGGCUAAGAGAAUCACGACCUUUCUGUCUAUGUACAAACACCUAACGGACUCCUUUAUUAUUGAGUUCUUCAGUGAAGAUCUGUGGCACUCCUUACCCAACAGCUGGCAACCUGUGUUGCAGGACCUGUCAUACCCACAGACUGCAGAUCUCCUACUAAGCGCACAUGCAAACAAAAGGUAUCCGUCGGUAUGGCCUUUGUCACUUUUGGCCUUCCAGGCCACGGCUCACGCACUGGCAUUUCCCAGGCAGUGCAACGGAGGGGGUCUGUUGAGGAGGCCCAAGGAGUUCCUGGAAAACCACAGUCAGAGUUCUCUGCUCGGGCACAUUUUCAGGAAGCAUGUUAAACCCAAGAAGCAGCAUGAGAUCCGAAAGCUUGGCAUGCUGGUUAAACAACUCUGUGACCAGACUGGCUGCAGGAGGGUGGUGGACGUGGGCUCGGGUCAGGGUCACCUGAGCCGCUUCCUGUCUUUUGGACUCAGUCUGUCUGUGACUGCUGUUGAGGCUGAUCACACCCUUGUUGCCAUGGCAUCCAAGUUUGAUGAAGAGUUGGUAUGGACCUUGGAGAAGGAAAAACAGAAAAAGAACAACUCCUCUCAGCUCUCCAUGCCCUAUAACUUUCCCAAACAUGUAGCUGCUUGGGUAAACCCCAAAGAAUCAUGGGAGUCUUUCAUCAGGCAGAUCAAGUCUUCAGAUUGUCCCACUGAUGGUCCGAUGACUCCAUCUCAGCCCAGUAAGAAGAGAAUGAGGGGUUUCGACCAGCAGGAAAACUCUCUUGGAACUCCGGACUGUUUUGACAACCGGGAAUCAAGCACAGCUCAAGAGGCGGAGCUACCUUCUGGUAACUGUUCAUGCACUCAAGCUAACUCUGAUGAGGGUGGAAGUUCAGAGGAAACCCGCCCUGAGGGUUGUCCGGACUUUCUCCUUACUGGUCUCCACGCCUGCGGCGAUCUCAGCGCCACCCUCCUCCAUCACUUUGUCAACUGCCCUCACGUCCGCGGCAUCACCUCAGUGGCGUGCUGCUACAUGAAGAUCACAACCAAGGAAAACCCCACCCCUCCAGGGCUGGUCACGCCCCACACCCCGCUCACAGACGAUUCAUUUCCCUCCAAGUUCGGUUACCCCAUGAGCUCCUGGGUGGAGGGAUUGCAGGGACAUCAGCUGUCCUACAAGGCGCGGGAGGGGGCGUGUCACGCCAUGGAGGACUACGAGAGGCGGCUCAGGGAUGAAAGUCAGCAGCUCAGGUCACACUGUUACCGGGCCAUGCUGGAGACCUUCAUCCGAGACGCGAAGCCGGAUCUGCGCAGGGCGGGGAUCCAGACCAUCAGGAAGUCCCACUCGUUAACGUUUACCGAAUAUGCCCGUCUGGGCCUGGCCCGGGUGGGUCUGCCUCCUGACUUGCCGCUGGACCCGGAGCGGGUGGAAGCCAUGCUGAAACAGCAGAGGAGAGUGGUGGUGUACUUCAGCCUGACCAUGCUGCUGGCCCCGGUGGUGGAAACGCUGGUGCUGCUGGACAGAAUGAUCUACCUGCAGGAGAACGGUGUGGACAGUCAGCUAGUUCCUCUCUUCAAUCCAAACUUUUCUCCCAGAAACUUUGUACUGGUUGCCAUGAAGCCAUCUGGAUAGCAGGAACUUCAAGGGAAAUAUUUAUCACUUGUGUCUUUAUUAGAAUGUUAAAUUAUCAAUUUUCUAUGAAGGUUUUUGUUUACACACUGUCCGUUUUAUUGUUUGCACUGCUGUAUGCUUUAUCUGUAUUUUAUUUUAAUUUAAUACAUCUGUUUUGCCAGAACUUAAAAACCCACUCUAGUCAUCGUUUGUACUAUUUUCUAGCCAAAAAAAAAAAAAACAUUUAAAAUUCACUUCUAAGUUGUGGGCGAAACUGUUGGCACAGAGUAAGCCUGCCUCUACUUCCCAUCAUCCAUCUGUUUAAAGCUCCACACACCCACAACCCAACAUUACUGGUGCAACAAAAAUGCAGAACAACAUUGGAACCAUCCAGACAUACAGUUUGGAGCCAGAUCCCAGCUCAAACGAGGAAAAUAUACACAAACAUGACCAAGUGUAGCACCUAAGCCACAGCAACAAGUUUUUUCAUGUCAUCUUUGCAUCUGCCUCUAAAUCACGAUUGAAUAAAGAAAUACUCAAAUGCAAUUUUAAGCUGAAUUUUAUAUAAAUAUGUCCACAAAAACACGUUAACAUUUUCAUCAGAGUGGGUCUUUUAAAAAGAUACAGUCUUAAAUUGUUGGUCAAACAUCUUUCUUGGUGUAAUAAAUGACCACACGUGGAGAUGAAUUUCUUGUGACAAAUAGAAGUAAAAUAAACCAUCGAAGUUGAUGACA